AUGGCCGCGCCUCCGCAGAAGAGGCCCCGCAAGGCAUCCACAGCCGGUGCCGGCGGCCCUCCCUCCGUCGAGCAGUCGGCGUCUUCAACGCCAGUGUCGGGCGGCGCGGGGACUUCGACGCACGCCGGACCGCCGCCAAGCGGCAUCGCGCCAACAAAUGCGACGCAGACACCAACGACGGGGCCCAUGACGGUGCCCGAGUGCGAGUCGCUUGCCGCACAGCUCGUCGACACAAAUACGCCCAUGCGCCGCCGCAUGGAGAUUGCUAGCGAGCUUCGCGACUCGGCUGAGAGCAACCGUGAUUUCGCGUUCUACGACAAGUACCUCGGCGUCUUCAUUCCGGCGCUCGUUCAGAUUCUCGGCGAAGAGAAGAAUAUCGUCUUCACCAAGGACAACUCGGAGCAGCGCUUCCGGCACACACUUCUCGCCUAUCUCCAGCGCUUGCCGCACUCGGAGCCCUUCCGCCAGUAUGAAGCCAAGGUGCUCGAUCUCAUGGUCAAGUUGCUCAAGGUUGAGAACGAGGACAAUGCCUUGCUCUGCAUCAAGAUAAUGAUUGACGGGUUCAGGAGUCACAAGGACCAGGCGGAGCCGUUCGUUGAGCCAUUCUUGGAUCUCGUCAAGCAGAUGUACGCCAACCUCAAGGGUGUAGUCGAGAAGGAGUGGGGAACGCCAGGAGGCAAACAGGGCUCGGCCAACCCCGGCACACCAGCGAGCGACGGUACUAACGCCCCCGCACCCCAUCACCCUCCUACCUCUCAUUCCCACCUCGCACACGCGCUGCACUCGCCCAAGGUGCUCACCGAGUGCCCAAUCGCCGUUGUCCUCAUAUUCCAGACCUACAAGUCGGUCAUGGGCCCAGCAAUGCUCGAUCUCUCCCCUCUCGUCAUGGAGAGCAUCAAGAUCCAGCCCGAGCCACAACGUCUAGCUCACAUCGAGGCUAAAGAGCGCGGCGAGAUAUUCGUCGGCGUGGCGCCGAGCAUCACCAACCGCGAAAUGUACGCCGAGCUCAUCAAGACAGAGGUCAAGACCAUGGCGUUCCUCGCCUACGUUUUGCGCGGCAGUUCGCAGGCCAACGUCAAGGACUGCCUGGAAGUGUUCCCCGAGGCGUGCAUUCGCCUGUUGCGCGACUGCCCACCCGAAGAUGUCAGCACCCGAAAGGAGUUGCUCGUCGCCACCCGUCACAUCCUGACUGCCGACUCGCGUGCCUCCUUCAUCCCCUACAUCGACACCCUGCUGGAGGAACGAGUGUUGGUCGGCACAGGUGUGUCCAGUCGGGAAGCUCUGAGGCCUCUGGCAUCGUCUGUCGUGGCCGACCUUAUUCACCACGUCCGCCAAGAUCUUCCCAUCGCCCAGCUCAAGCGUGUCGUUUAUGUUUUCUCGUUGAAUCUGAACGACUCUACGUUCUCCAGCUCCAUUCAGACCAUGUGCGCCAAGCUUCUUAACACCAUCGUCGACUCCAUAUCGCAGAAGGGCAGCCCGGAGGAGCGCGAGGCGCUCAUGAAGUCGAUGUUCAUCGCUUCGCUCGAGAAGCUGCAGGCGAUGACCGAGGCGUACGACAAGCUCAAGGCGUUGGCCGACCGCGACAAGGCCCAGGGGAAGGACAAGGGCAAGGAUGAGGGCUCUCCUGAAGACAUCGUCAUGGCAGACCUUGCAGAAGACGCCGAGGCUGAGCGCCUGCAGUUCGGCUGGCGCGAGAUUGAGAGGGCGAUGCCGGUCAACCAGGUCGCAUACGCCGACGACUCAUUGGAAACCUUCUGUCGCGAAGCACGAUACCUGUUCAAGACGUUGCUCCACACCUUCCGCACGCUCAUGUCGUACACGCGUACGAGCGAGAACCCAGUGCCUCCGCCCGACGGAGAACUCCUCUCGCGGUUCUUCCAGUAUGCUCUCCGUUGCAUCGCGAUCUUUGACAGCACGCGCGACCCACGCGAGCCCAAGGAAGCGAUAGAGCUGCUCUCGCAGAUUCUGCUGCUCUUCGACCCCCACUCGUUCCGCGAGGUCUGGGCCACGCACAUGGAGUUCUUCGUGGACCAGGCGCUGAAGAAUUCUCACGUCUUCUCGGUGCUGCAAAUCUUGAUCACGCACGAGUCGGUCUCGCACCAGCUGGUCGCUAUCACGCUCAAGCACCUCAUGACACACCUCGACGAGGUCGGCAGCUACUCGUUGAAGAAGGCUAGCCUCUGCCUCAGAUUGUUCAAGAUCUCCUUCCUCGCCAUCAACACGUACAUCAACACCAACGAGGUCGUGCUGGUGCCGCAUCUGCAGAAGCUCAUCAUGCGCUCCUUUGCCCUUGCCCCCAAGGCCGAGGACCCAACUGUGUACUACCAGAUCCUGCGGGCUCUGUUCCGCUCUAUCGGCGGUGGCCGCUUCGACCAGCUGUACAAAGAAGUCCUCCCCAUCUUGCAGGAGAUGCUCGACAACCUCUCAUACUUGUUGCACCACGCCAAGGAUCCAGUACAGCGCGACCUCUUUGUCGAGUUGACCCUCACUGUUCCUGUGCGCCUCACCAACCUUCUACCCCACCUAUCUUAUCUCAUGAAGCCGCUGGUGCACGCUCUACAGGCCGGUCCGGAGUUGAUCAGCCAGGGCCUUCGCACCUUGGAGCUCUGUAUCGACAAUCUGACUGCCGACUUCCUCGACCCAACCAUGAACCCCGUGUUCCGCGAGCUUAUGGGCGCGCUGCACAAGCUUCUCAAGCCGAUACCUGCCAAUCGCCAACACUCCCACGCCGCGGUCAAGAUCCUCGGCAAGCUCGGUGGGCGCAACCGCCGCUUCUCGGAUGUUGAGAAUCUCCUGGAAUAUCGUGAAGAUGCGAACGAUCUGACCGCGCCAAUCUCGUUCGAGGGCAAACGUUCCAAGUUCUAUUUGGCACCUCUGAUCGACGCCGCUGGUCAAGCCAUGUCGGAGAAGCUCGCCGUGUGCGAGGUGGACGGCUUGGAUGCCCUCAUGCUGGCGGCAACGACUCGUUUAAACCAGGAGAAGCAGGACCCCGAUGCGUCACCGGUGUUCGCCAAGACGGUCAGCUCGCUCUUUGUCGCCUGCCAUCAUCCGGCUCUCGGGCCAAAGGCGACUGAGUUCGUCCGCGACCUCUGCAAGCGAGUUUUCCUCGCCGAACUCAACCGCGUUGACGAGGUCCCACCAGGCCCCAAGCUGCCGGAACUAUCCCCGAAGAGCCGACCGCUGCCGCUCACCAUGGCGCUUACGGACGCCAUCGCCACCACCAUGGCCAAUUCGAUCGGCAAGGCGGUUGAGGACGUCGCCGAAAUUCUCGCCCUUAUCAUCAGCGACUUCAAAGAGCUUGUGCUGACGCCUGAAGUUACUCAGAGGCCAGAGAAGAGCAAAAUCAUUGACCGCUUCGUCGGCACUUUUGUGCGCCGCUUCACAAGUCUCUGCCAGGACGAGGACUGGGACCGCAAGAUGGCGGGUGUGACCGCCAUGGACGUCUUUGUGCGUCGGGCCGAGCUCAACCGGCGCUACAUCCUCGAGAUGCAGUUUGAGUUCGUGCGCGUGCUCAUGUUCGCGCUGCGCGACGCCCCUCGCGACCCGCCUACUUCCGUCCAGAAGAUAAUCGACUUGAUCAAGUUCCUCAUCCGCUCAUGCCAGUCGCAGGAGGACGGGCAGGUCAAGCAGAAGCGGGACCGCCUGACGGAGAUCCUUGUCCGCGAGCUCAACAGCCAGAGCAAGCUUGCUCGUGAGGCGGCGCAGUCAUGCAUCGCGCUCCUGGCUGAGGUUGUCGAUCAGCCCGUCUCGAUCGUUAUUGGCGACUUCACGCGCUCGGUAUUGCUGGACGCCAACACAGGUCCCAUCUUUUCCAAGCCGCUGCGAGCGCUUUCUUCCUUUGCGAUGCAGGUCGGCAACAUUGAUUGUGUCACCUACCUCCUUGACCUGCGCCCUUCUGUGCCCAAAAUCAACGACGAGUUUAUACGUCUCGUACAGGAGGUGCUUGCGUUGGCCGACGUCGACGAUGCCAACCUGAUCCCAAACAAGCGUGGCGAGACCCCGAGUCACAAGCAAAGCUUCUGGCUGAAGGAGCUGCGCAUCGCUUGCCUCCGCAUGCUCCGCUCGACGAUGAACUGCCAAGAGUUCCUCGAGAAGCAGAACCUCCAGCCCAUCCGCCAGCGUAUAAUCUCUGUGUACUUCAAGCACGUGUACUCGCCGCAGCCCGAGAUCGUCGAUGUCGCGCAUGAGGGCCUGCGCGACGUGAUUCACCAGCAGAACAAGCUGCCGAAGGAAGUGCUGCAGUCCGGCCUGCGUCCGAUCUUGGUCAACUUGGCGGACGCUAAGCGCCUCAGCGUAUCCGGCCUUGAGGGCUUGGCGCGAUUCCUGGAGCUGCUUACCAACUACUUCAAGGUCGAGAUCGGUGUCAAGCUAUUGGAUCACUUCACAACGCUUGCCGACCAGCAGAUGCUGCUCAAGGCUGCGGCCGGGCCGCUCGACGACAACCCGGACAUCUCUCGCAUGACACGUCUUGUUAACAUCUUCCGCCUUCUCCCCGCGACCGCCGUCCAGUACCUCAAGCAGCUUACAACACAGGUUGUUGAGGUUGAGGCCCAGCUGCAUCAGUCAGCCCCUGGUCCGUUCACGGAGAACAUUGCGCGCUACCUCGACCGUUACCAUGCUGAGGGCGCUGCCAACCUCUUCGAGAACAUCCGGAACCCGCGCAUGGUGUGGACGUACCGCAACGUCAUCCAGUCCGGGUUCGCUCCGCAGCUCGUUACCGAGCUCUCUGACCGCGCCGAGGCCAUCUGCCACCUCACGUUCGCCAACCCUGAGCAGUUUGACCUCGUGCUUCCAGGCUUGUACAUCAUCCGUGAGCUGUCCAAGACAUCGCCGUCGUGGCUCUCAGACCACGAGUCAGUUAUGGAGGCGAUCGUGGGCGUGUGGCGCUCGAUCGUUCUGCGAUCAAGAGAUCCAAGGAAUGACAUGUCGAAUGUCCACUACCAGACGAUCCCGCCGCUCAUCCUCGACAUGUUCAUGACCCGCUUGGAACACCGCAACCACAUUCCACUGUUGUUCCACGUCGUUGAGGCGUACGAGAUCCGCUCCUCGUUCGAUCGCUCCCACGUCGCCUUCUUCCUCUACCAGCGCGUCGCGCUGCAGCAGUCGCUCGAGUACCGUCGAGAGGUUAUUGAGUACUUCAUGACGUUGUAUCCCGACGAGUCGGUUGUGACAUGGGCCUUCAAGACAAACGCACUGCGCCUUGUUGUGAACCCAACUCUUCGCGUGUACUUCGAUGACAAGGAGAACGACGGGUCGCUCAUCACGACCAGCUUGGUGCAGAAGAUCGCCGACAGCAUGUGGCGUCCACUCUCUGCUACGCCCACUGCUAAGCAGCGCGAGGACACGCUCCUCAUCGAGAUUUUCGCGCUUACGACGCUGCUUGUGAAGCACGCUGGCUCCAAGGUCGUCGAGACGCGGAAGGAGGUCUUCAAGCUCGCGUGGAUGGGCAUCAACCUCCUCGAGCCCACGGUCAAGCUCAUGGCUUACGUCCUCACGGCGUCGUUUAUGGCUACGUACGAGACUCCCGUCAAGUUCGUACGCCUCACAUGGACUGGUCUGCUUCGUCUCAAGGACAACGAGAGCAAGGCGCUCUUCCGCCAGGCAAUCGAUACUCUCGCCGGCUGCCUUCCCAUCCGCGACCCCCCUCAGCCCGGAACGAUCCCUGACUGGGCGCAGAAGGUCAAGACGGUCCUGGUUGAGGAGGGCCAUGCUACUGGCACUCUUGUUGUUGUCUGCGAGUUGCUCGUGAACCACCCCGAUCUCUUCUACGACUAUCGCGACCUCUAUGUUCCGCACAUCGCGAUGUCGCUGCAAAAGCUUGGCUUCGUGCAGGCCGCCACCGCUGAAAUGAAGAAGCUCACGGUCGACGUCAUUGAGCUCAUUUUCCGCUGGGAGCGCAAGCGCAUGCAGCUCAAGGAGGAGUCGAGCCGCGAGGAGUCGGCUGACGCGAUGGAUGUGGACAAGGAUGCCCCUUCGCCCGCCAAGCGCCAGCGUCUCGACAGGGCUGGCACGGCCGGGUCAACCGCCAGCGGCGGCGGCUGGGUAACCCCCGCGCCGACGCGCGAGUUGAUCACUGCCCACCUCCUGCGAAUCGUGGCUUCGUCGACGGAGCCUGUUGCCCGCAGUGGACUGAGCAAGCGCGCGCUGGACCUCUUCAAGGAGAUUCUCAGCCCCAAGGGUCUCCCAAAUGUGUCGGUCAAGCUUGGCUUCUUCAACCGCACCAUGUCGCAGGACAUCACCGAGGCUACGAUCGCGACCGUUUCCAAUUCGACGGAGGUGAUUGCGGCCGUCGCCGAGGUCCGUGACCAGUCCUGGAUACGCGGCAAGCUCGACAUCUUCCGGAAGCUGCUUGAGAAGGUGUGGGUGUACGACGACCCGACUCUUCACGAGGUUGUGCGCCCCCUCACAGAGCGUAUGUUCCUGGAGCUUCCCGAGGAAGAGGUGGCGGACAGCGACGAGGAAGGCCAGAAGCUGCUCAAGUUCGUGUCGACUACCGUCAGCAACGGCCUGCAGGCCAGUCUGCGCUCCACGACUGAGCUGCCCGGCACCAUCUUCCUGCUCAAGUGCUGGCUCAAGGUGCAGCCGAAACAGCUGCACAACGAGAAUAUCGCGUCCAGCCUGCUUCGCGUCCUGAGCAACCUUGUCAAGGUGCACACGAGCACAAACGGCCCAGACCCGAGCUACCGUCUCAUCAUUUCCAUCCUUGACAUGCUGCGUGACCGCAUCGCCGACCUCAAGGAGCACCGGCGGUACCUCGUCAACAUCCUCGGCGCUCUCAUUGACAAGAGCACCAACCUUACGCUGUGCCGAUACUUGCUCGACCUCGUGCGCCAGUGGGUCAUCAAGGACAUCGAUGGACCGAUCAUCGUCAAGGACAAGUCGUUGCUGCUCCUGCGCAUGGCAUCGUUCGAGCACCGCGAUGAUGCGCUGUUCAAGCAGUACCUGGACCUCAUAUUUGAGGUAUACGAGCUGCCCGAGCUCAUGGGAACGGACAUAACGCACCGCCUUGAGCCGGCCUUCCUCCUCGGUACGCGUUCCAAGGACCCCGCGCAGCGGGCCAACUUCCUUGACAAGCUUGAGCAGACGUUGCCUCCGCGACUCGAGGCCCGCCUGGAGUAUCUGUACUCGCUACAGAGUUGGGAAACGCUCGCCGACAGCUACUGGAUGCCCCAGAUGCUUAGCCUUCUGCUUGGGGCCGCCGACUUCGCGAACGACAUUUUCCCCGCUUCGCUGACGAUGGUCGGCGAGAACAACGCGCUAGCAAGCAGGACCUGGCGCUACGGCGACGUGGUCCGGCAAUUGCGCAGUCUCGUUCAUGUCGAUCCGAUGGUGUGCCACCGCCUUUUCGUGGCCAUCUUCCCCCGAGUGUGGAGCGCGUUAUCGCGCUCUCAGCAGACAGCGUUUACGCCAUACAUCUCCAAGCUGCUGUGCAAGGAGUACCAUCACAAGCAGGCUGAUCUCAAGCCAAAUGUGAUACAGACUCACCUCGAGGCGUUCGUCUACUGCAAGCCGCCCAUCACCAUGCCACCGCUCCUCGUCAAGUACCUUUCCAAGACUUUCAACGCGUGGUACGCUGGCUUCGAGAUCCUUAACAACUUGGCCGACACGUAUAAGGGUACAGACAACCUGCGCGAGAGCUGCGCGGCGGCUCUUGGCGAGCUGUAUGCUGAGCUGCACGAGGACGACAUGUUCUACGGCAACGCCCGCUGCCGAUACAUCUACCCCGAGACGUCGGCUGCCCUGAUCCUGGAGCAGAACGGACGCUGGCCGCAGGCCAUGGAGAUGUACGAGCAGACGAUGACCAAAGCACGACACGCCGCGCUGCCGUUCACCGAGGACGAGUUCUGCCUGUGGGAAGACCACUGGAUCCUGGCUGCGCAGAAGUUGCAGCAUUGGGAAGCGCUCACUGAGCUUGCUCGUUCGGACCAGAACCCCGACCUCUUGCUUGAGUGCGCGUGGCGACUGUCCGACUGGGGCUCGACCGACCGCGAAAUGAUCGAGAGCAACUUGAAGGUGGUCGCGGGGGUACCGACCCCGCGCCGCAAGAUAUUCGAGGCGUUCACUGCGCUCAUUAAGGCACACGGCUCGCGCGAGCCGCCCAACGAUUUCGUGCGCAUCUUGGACGAGGCGCAGCAGGUCGCCAUACGCAAGUGGACCACGCUGCCCAGUGCCAUCACUGGAGCGCACCUGCCUCUCCUACAGCUGUUCCAGCAGGUGGUGGAGCUCGGCGAGGCAGCCCAGGUAUUCGACUCGCUUCAGCAGACGACGGCCCAGACACUCGAGACCCGCGUUAACACCGAGCUCAAGAGCAUCUUCCAGACGUGGCGCGACCGCCUGCCGAACUUCUGGGACGACAUCAGCGUGUGGUCCGACCUCCUCGCAUGGCGCCAGCACGUCUUCCAGGCCGUCACGCGUGUGUACAUGCCUAUGAUAACACCCACCGAGGGUGUGACGCACGGAUACCGUGGAUACCACGAGACGGCGUGGAUGAUCAAUCGCUUCGGCGAGGUCGCGCGCCGCCACGGGUUGCUUGAUGUGUGCAGCACGGCGCUCAACAAGAUCUAUAUGCUCCCUAACAUCGAGAUCUCGGAGGCGUUCCUCAAGCUGCGCGAGCAGGCGCUCUGCUACUUCCAGAAGCCGGAGAAGUUCAACGAGGGUCUCGACAACAUCAGCACGACCAAUCUCAUGUACUUUGCCCAGCCGCAGAAGGCCGAGUUCCUCACGCUCAAGGGCAUGUUCAUCUCGCGCCUUGGCCAAGACUCGGACGCCAACGACGAGUUCGCGCAUGCCGUCCAGAUGGACUACAACCUCCCGAAGGCGUGGGCCGAGUGGGGCAAGUUCAACGAGAAGAUGUAUCGCCAGCAGUCCGAGCUGCCGCCAGCGAGCAACAAGCCGGCUCCCGGGCCGGGCGAGAAGCCCAUGACGGACCAAGAGUGGGCCGAGUCGUGGGCGACGGACCGCGCAUUGCGCGCCUCGUCGGCUGUCUCUUGCUACUUGCAGGCGGCUGGCCUGUACAACUCGCACAAGUCGCGGGCACUCCUCCUUCGGGUGCUGUGGCUCUUGGGCUUGGACGAUAGCAAGAACACGAUAGCCAAGGCGUUUGAGGCUUACAAGGGCGACCUCGUCAUCUGGUACUGGAUCACUCUCAUCCCGCAGCUUUUGCUGUCGCUGUCGCACCGCGAAGGCCAGAUCGCGCGGCUUCUCCUCAUGCACAUCGCCAAGAACUUCCCGCAAGCGCUGUUCUACAAUCUUCGCGUCACGCGGGAUGACUUCUCGAGCGUCAAGAAAAGCCAGGCGCUCCAGCAGCACCGUGCCAAUCUCGCCAAGCGGGAGGCUGCCGCCAAGGCUGCUGCUGCCGCCGCGGCAGUUGUUGCGGCUGAGGUCAAGAAGGAGGACGGCGGCGAAGUCAAGGCCGACGCCAAGGAAGAGAAGAAGGACGAGGAUGUCUCCACGCCCGCGUCCAACGGCACACCCAAUCCCAACGGCGCUAUGGCACCGCCCGCUGCACCUGGUCCUCGCCAGCCCCGCCAGCCGUGGGAGAUGGUCGAUGAUAUCAUCAACCACCUCAAGACGGGUGUACCUUUGCUUGCUUUGUCGAUGGAAAAGAUGGUCGAUCAGAUUGGCUACCGCGCCAAGCCGUCGUCUGAAGAGGACAUCUACCGCUUCUUCUCGGCUCUGCUCAACGACGCUAUGGCGCAGUGGAGCAGCCGCGGCGCGUUCCUCAGCGAGGACGCCGAGCUGCCGCAGAACACGCGCGAGAACUUGAAAAGGUUCGCUAACAACCUCUCCCCCGAGCUCCGCGGAUGUGUCGAGCGCGACUUCAUCACCAACCAGCCCAACAUGCGCGAGUACAUCACACGGUUGCAGUUCUGGCGCGACUACUAUGAGAAGGCGAUCGACUCGCGUCCGCGCUUCAGCCCUCUCGACUCGUCCGGCAUCAACCUCACUGACUUCCACUACACCAAGUUCGAGGACGUGGAGGUGCCGGGCCAAUACGUGCAGCACAUCGAUCAGACGGACGAGCUCAUUCGCAUCGCACGCUUCCACCCGCAGGCCGCGAUGUGCCGUGGCUUUGGCUUCUGCUUCCGUCGCAUCGCGAUGAUCGGGCACAACGGCACACCGUACACGUUCAACGUGCAGAUGCCGGCGGCGCGUCACUGUCGCCGCGAGGAGAGGCUUGUUCAGCUGUUCCGGAUCAUGAACUGCGUCCUGCGCAAGCGCAAGGAAAGUCGCCGCCGCAACCUCCAGUUCCACCUUCCCACAGCCAUUGCGCUCGGCACACAGCUCCGCCUCGUCCAGAACGACGCAUCGUACGUCUCCAUGCAGGAGAUCUACGACGACUACGCGGCCAAGCACGGUAUGAGACACGAGGAUACGAUCUUGCAUUUCUGCGACCGCCAGAGACAGCUUCACGACCCUGCUGUGCCCCGCACCGACCACCGCUUCGUUGUGCUCAAGAUGGAGAUCAUCGAGGAGAUCCAGUCCAAGAUGUUGCCCGAGACGGUCUUGACCAACUACAUGAUCCGCAACAUGGCCGACUCGGAAAGCCUGUGGCUCAUGCGCAAGCAAUUCGCCAUGCAGACUGCAGCUACCGCCUUCCUCACCUACGUGUGCUGCCUCAACAACCGCGCACCGAGCCGCUUCCACAUCUCGCGCAAGACAGGCCAGAUGUUCAUGACGGAGAUGCUGCCAUCCUUUGUCAACGGCCAGCCCGUCUUCCACUCGGCCGAGGCCGUGCCCUUCCGCCUCACGCCCAACAUGCAGCACUUCAUUACCCGCGUCGGCAUCGAGGGCGUCGUGUCCUCGACCGCGACUGCCAUCGCCCACUCCCUCACGCUCCCCGAGUUCGACUUGGCGAGCACGCUGCACCUGUUCAUACGCGACGAGAUUCUCACGUGGCAGAACACGUUUAACAAGGACAAGCAUAGCGAUGUGCCUCUCACUGCGCAUGUGUACAAGAAUGUCGACCAAUUUAUCAAGCGCGCCGAGCUCAUGGGCCACAUCGGCGACGUGCCAAAGGACUCGAAGGCCGUUGGCGGGCCGGCCAUCAACCACGCGAUGGUCACGCUCAUCAACCAGGCCACGGCGCCGACCCUGCUCGCCAGCAUGAGCGAGCAAUUCCAGUGCUGGUUCUAA